AUGGAGAACUAUAAGAAGACCAAAAUUGUGGAGAAACCUUGUCCUCUUCCUUUUACUGACCUGCCGGCUGAUAUUAUUGAAAUGAAGGUGAAGGAUGGAAGCAAAAUCAGAAAUCUGAUGGGGUAUGCCAUCAGCAAGAUGGAGCUGGACUCAGUGAGGCAGAUCCUUUUCACUGGCUCAGGCAAGGCUGUCAGCAAGACCAUUACCUGUGUGGAAAUCAUGAAACGAAGGCUCAAAGAGCUGCACCAGAUCACCAAAGUGCUCUUCAAACAGAUUGAAGAGAUCUGGGAACCCAUUGUGCCUGAGGCAGGCCUCGAUGCCUUGACAGUAAAGAGAAACAUUCCUGCCAUAUGUGUCCUACUCAGCAAAGAUGCCCUUGAUCCUCAGGAGCCAGGUUACCAGGCUCCAGGCUCUUUUGAAGCCUUCUGGAUUGGGACUCUUAAGGCAGAGUCCCAGGGCCAAAUGAAGAGGAAGCAGGGUGGAGGCAGGGGAGCUGCCAGCAUGGAAAAGCACCCUCGGUCCGCUGGAGGAGCGCCUGGGGAGUCCUGUGCCAAGUCCUGA